AUGGCUUCCGUCACCCGUUCAUCGCGGCGCGCUGAAGUUCCGCAUCAGCAUCAUCAUCACUCGCACCACCACCUGCCAUCCCCAGCAAGCGUAUUUGCCCACACUCAGGGCGGAGGAGCACCAGGGGCAGGGCGCAACAAGAGGGUACUCGAUGCACACGAUCGCGACUUUGAUGCGAUUAAGCCCAAGAAAUCGCGUAUUACAGUCGAGGUACCUGCAAAGGGCUCUCACAGACUCCGUGUCGCCAAUAUCGACACCAAAGAAGCGUCGUCGCCCGCGCGCCAACCUAUUGCGACGCCUACAGUGGCGACUGCGACCACGCCGAAUACCCCUUCUCCCCCGACCGACAACGCGACAUCGAAACCAAAGCAAGAGCAAACCCUUACACAACACCAGAGCAAGGUCAUUAAUGGCCUUAAACACGAACUCGAUCGGUUACAACCUCAGCCGAGCGAUACCAACACAAAGGAGCAAGGCCGGAAGCUUCGCUCACAGGAAGCCACUAGGUUCAAGAGUGAACUUUCUGCCUAUUUCUCUGAUUACGAUGAGGUAAUUGGCAACGAGCCCAAAGAACAGCACAACCAACGCGCCAUUCCGCAGCAUCCCAACCCCGCAACUGAGUAUUCCCAAAUCGACCUGGGAUUUUUAGAGUCCAAGAACAAGACAGUUGAGGAUCCUCUGCCAGACAAAUUAUUCCAGCCUAUACAUCGUCGAGCUGAACGACUGGAAAGAUCAGUACGCAAUGCUGAAAAAGGUCGAGCUCAACAUGAAAAAGACCACAUUAUCCGGCUUCUCGAGGGCCUGCAAGGCCACGAUUGGUUGAGAGUGAUGGGCGUGAGUGGAGUAACAGAAACCAAGAAGAAGACCUUUGAACCCGCUCGCAAUCACUUCAUUAAGGGAUGCCAGGCCGUCCUCGAUAAAUACCGGAACUAUGUCCUGGAAGAGAAGAAGCGCAAGCUGGAGAAAGACAGAGCCCGAGCCGAGAAAGAGCACGAAGACUCAAGUAUCGACGAAGACGAAACAGGCGACGAGGUGGCUGAUGACAAUGUCAGCGAUUCAGCAUCACCGGCAAAACAACUUCAGGAGGAAGCAAUGGCGAGGUCUAGACCCUCAAAAGGAUCCAAGAACCGCAAAGCCACGCCUCAACCAGCUGUAGCCAAGGCUCUGCGUCCUGCAAAGGCACCGCCAGCUCCAAAGCCACCAGAACCGCCCAAAGAGUUCAAGUCGUUCUUCUCGAAGCGAUACGAGCGUGAAAGUGCUCUACACAGGAAUAGGCGUACAGGAAGGAAGGUAAUGGCAUGGGGCCUGCCCAUUCCUGAGAUACCCGAUAUUGAUUUUGAUUUGCCGGAGGAAUACCGUGAUGAAGAUACCCUCAAGGUCCGGGCGAGGAAGAAGCGCCGAGAUCGAAGACGCAGCAAAAAGUGA